GUCAUUUUGACUAUAGCCGCCAUUUGGAACCAAUUAUUUUAAUUUAACGCAAGCAACGAGAAAAACUAAGCGAAAUGAGCCUUAUCGCUAAUAAUUGUGACUCGGACAAUGACUCAUUCCACUCCUUUAACCAGAGCGAUGCAUCCUGGGACAACCUGAGCCCUUCCCUUUCGGAGAGCGACAUCGACAGCGCCGCGGACUUUGAGUCCGGAUCGGAGCAUGAGACUUCUGUAGAGAAUUUGGACAAUAAGAUCAAUGAUUCCGACCAGGUGGCCCAAGCCGCUGGUGUCUCUUCAAAGCCCUCAUGUUCUGGAAUCGUCUUGAAGCCAAAGUCGUCCUAUGUGGAGGUCCAUUCCAGUGACUCAUCCGCCUGUGAUGGUGCCUCAACAGGAAAAGCCACACAGGGGAUGGGACACUUCAAGACUCCCAACAAGUUCAACAUUUCGCCAACAAACCAGCAAAAGCCAGAUCCCGUAUUCAACAGUCCGUGGGACGUGCCGGAACUCUCCUCAAAGCAGAUGCCUUGCAACAACGUUUUCAGCCUGGACCAUUCACCAACGGUUCUUGAAAAGCACCUGAACAACAGUUGCCAAACAGAGGCUAUGCAGAAAUACGCCUUUACCGAAAUUUGGGUGGACUUACAGCAAAAAACAAGCCAGCCAAAGGCCUCACGCUUGCGACAGUUUUCCGUGGCCCUGGAGGCCUAUUUUGAAAGGGAUUUGGCUAGAAAGCAAGCGGAUAUUUAUUUGGAGCAGGACAAGAAGGAGAAAGACAAUGUGGAUACAGCAACGAUCGCUGUGGCACCUCCGAUCGAGAAAACCGAGGAAUACGUAUCUCCUCUGCCAAGGAUGCAAGUAGAAACUCCCCGGAAGAUAUCGCCUGCGCUGAAAGGCAUUAAGCAACCCAUUGUAGUACCAGCCGGCUUCGAUUUGAGCCGACUGGUGGAGCCGAAGAAUCCAAACCACUGGCACCAUCGUCCCACCAUGCGCACUGGCGAUCGCAUCUACUAGACGAUACAACUAUUAUAAUAUCAACUUUAUAUCAUAACAUCACAUCACAUACCCGCUGGACGAAUUGACAUUUAUUCUAUAAGGGGUUGUCUUUCUUCAAUAAAAGAUUGGGAACUACCAAAGCAA